AUGGAUGAAACUUCAAACCACGAGGCUAACCUUCCACAAUCCAUCUUAUUCUCCCGUAACCUAUCCCUCCAGAAGUCCCAAAUGCCGGAGUCAAGAACGAAGAAGGUACGCUUUCUACGCCUUGGCCAUGAAAAUCCAUUUACUGACUGGGCAGGAUGCCCAACGUGCACUCCGAAUACGAGAUACGAAGCGCCGGCAACGGGCUCGGCAGAAAGAAUACACCGCCGAAUUGGAACAAAGACUGCGAGCGCUUGAAGCGCAAGGCGUCCAAGCAACGGUGGAAAUGCAGCUAUCCGCCAGGAGAGUAGCGGGAGAUAAUGAACGGCUAAGGAAGCUGCUAAGGACUAUUGGGGUUGACGAAGACGUCAUUAAUGGAUGGAACGAGGGGCAGGAGGUGAGCUAUCGGGCCACGAGUAUAUUCAAAGUCAAGGACAGUGAAAACGAUGCGGGGGGGCAGAAAGAUAAAUGCCCCGCGCGAGUGUGUAAAUCAAAUACCGCUAAAGUAAGUAGAUGCACACAUCCCUCCACCCCACAAGCGAAUACCGGCAUUAACCAUUCCAGCCCCAACAAUGCCAGGAACUCCCCCCACUCCCAGCUGAAUGUGGCCCGCCCACCCCGCCGGCGCAUUGUCAGUCCAAGGCUCCGUGCAAACUCGCCCGUGCUCUCGCCGAAGAUCCACAUACCGACAUCGCGCAGCUCCCUAUCCCCGCUGAGAGUGAAGCUGAAGCAAAAGCGACACCGGGUAAAACACCCUGUGGCAAAGCUGCCCAGAUGCUGCUCCAGUUCGCCACCUCGGACGAGAAGUUGGAGGCUCUUGCGGGGAUCCUGGAGGAGGGGUGUGUGCAGAAUGGAGAGGGCGGCUGCAGUGUGGAGAAUAAUGUUGUGUUGGAAGCAUUGGACAGGGUCUGUAUAUAAGAGUUAUGGUGGCCGUCAUACAAGACGGCAAGACGUGUAUGGUGAUGCGAGUGCUAUAAGAUUAUCAAGGAGAAACGCGAAUUAGGUUUCGGAGGAAAGAGAGGGAAAGCUUGGUGAGAUGAAAAUCUGGCUAUUGUACCACAUACCGCUAGGCAACGCCCCACUCCUACCGCAGGGCCAUUAUUCAUGAGGUGUCGCAUCUCCUUGGCUGUGUCCUCCAAUGGAGGUUGAUUUGACAACCUUUUUCCUCUCCCCCGGCAAACUCUGCCGUUUGCUCUUCUAACUCCUUCCCUACUGACUCCCGCUCU